UGCAUUUUUUUUUUUUUUUUUCUUUCGGACAUUUUCCUGCCUCUGUUAUGCUCUGCUCUGUGUAAGCAACAAAACAACUCUCUCUCUCCCCCUCUCGGUAAGCGCCAUUUUUGGCGGUACUGUUCUUAAAAAUCUUUAUAUUUCCCAAAGAGGAACAAAAAAAAAAAAAAAAUGGUCACUGAAAGUAACGGUGGUCAUACUUUCUCAUCAUUGCCAAAGAAAGAACAAGUCGGUGUCGAAGAAGAAGAAGAAACAAGAACGACGCCAUCUGAUAACAUUCCUACUAAUUCCGGCGGUGCACCUGACGGGGGGUCGUCCUCCACCGCAAUAAGGACACCGGUCCAUGAUAUAAACGACACCGCUCCACCGACUAGAACCAAGGCCUCGGAAGUGGGCGACAUCGAGGUGGUCUGUAUAAAAGAAGAAGAAGACGAAGAGGAGGAAGAGGACCCGGAUGUAGCGAGUUUUGACGGUGACGGAGGUGGUAAUUAUGGGCCUUCGUCGUCGUACUCGUCGGCGGCGGUGCCAAAGCCGAUGGAGGGGCUGCACGAACCGGGUCCAACGCCGUUUCUAAAGAAGAUAUUCGAGAUGGUGGAAGACCCGGAUACCGAUACGGUGGUUUCGUGGAGCAAGACCCGGGACAGCUUCACCGUGUGGGACGAGCAUGUCUUCGCACAAGACCUGCUACCAAGGUAUUUCAAGCACAGAAACUUCUCCAGCUUCAUUCGGCAGCUCAACACCUACGGUUUCAAGAAGAUUGAUACAGAUAACUGGAAGUUUGCAAACGAAGGAUUUCAAGGAGGGAAGAAGCAUUUGCUCAAGAGCAUCAAAAGAAGAAGUCGGUUAAACAAACAUCAACAACAACAAGAAGGGGCGGUAGGUGUCAAUCCGAAGAAACCCGGGUUAAAAGCUGAACUUGAGAGUCUGAGAGAGGAUCAAAACGUACUGAAAGUGGAAAUUCUGAACCUUAGACAGCAACAGCAUGACUCUCAGAAUCAUUUAGGUGUUGUCAAAAACCGGAUUCGAGGUGCAGAGUGUAGGUUACAACAGACGCUCUUUUUCCUAACCAAAGUAACUAAAAGCCCAAGUUUUGCUCAGCAAUUAAUCCAGAAGACAAAGCAGCAAAAGAGAGAGCUGGGCGGAGGUGAAUUUGUCAAGAGACGCAGACUGCUAGCAUCCCAUGGGCGUGAAAAGGCUAUUGACAACAGCCAUAGCAUUAAUUGCAGAAACCAUGUUCAGGGGGACUUGGUGACAACUCUAUCUUUACUCUCUGAAAUCCUGGAAGAAGCUGUGAAUAUGGAUACUACCCAUCCAAUACAAACACCAUUUCCAGCUCCCAUAUAUGAUGCAUUGUGCAGUCUUGAGGAUCAGAAUGUCAAUGUGAUGUAUAAAAGAAGUAGCAGCCCAAAUAUCUCAUCUGCUUAUGAUGUCAUGUCAGAGAAUUUACCGGAGGAUAAUUUGAUUGUAGAUGAAGAGUUAGAUAUGAAUGACUCUAAAUUCUAUUCUGAAUUGGAGGAUUUGAUUGUCAAGCAACAUGAUUUGGGUGGAUUGGUGGAGCAAGCUGGUUGUAUUGGGGGGGAUCACUUCAGAUUAAAUGAACAUAAGCAGGUUGCCAGAGUAUGCAAAAAUGAAGCUGAAGGUAGAGAAAGCUAGCUGAAGAUAAGGAGGGUCUUUGGGUCUUUCUCAUAAGAAGUUGGAAGAAGUUGCAGGGGAAAGAAUUUCCCACUCACUCAUAAUAGAGAUACCAUCGUUAUCACCAGUGUUCAUACUUUCCAUUCACUUGUUUUUAGGGUUCCUUUUUUCAAUGUUGUGUGCUUGUCUUUGAUGUAAAAAGUCUAAUAGCGAUCGAUGCUAGCAUAAACAUUGAACAGCUUGGUCGUCUUGAAACA